AUGACAUCUUUGAUUGAGCAAUAUGGACUUCCUCAAGAAUUUCCUGCCAAUCUUAGGGUUCUUGUAAUAGACCAUGACAUCAGUCUUCUUGAUGUUAUCCAAAAAACAUGUUUUCAAUUUCAGUAUCAAGUUAAGACGUGCUCUAAAGUUUCAGAUGCGUUGGAUCUUUUGAGACAAACAAAUAAUUGUUUUGAUAUGAUAUUAAUCGAAGCUCAAAUGUUUGACAUGAAUUCGUAUGAAUUUGUGCAAUAUGUCACACAAGAAAUUAAAAUUCCAGUUAUUAUGAUGUGUAUUGAUGGAUCAACAAGUGCAGUGAUGAAGAGCAUUGUAAAUGGAGCUUGUGAUUAUUGGAUCAAACCUUUGAAUGAGAAUCAAAUCAAGAAUAUGUGGCAACAUGUUGCAAGAAAGUUUUUGAAUAAAAAUAAAAAACAAGAAAUGAAUAAGGGAAAAAUGAAUGUAGAAGGUAACAACAAUACUCGGGAAGAUUAUAUAACAUUUGAAGAUAUUGAAACCGACAAGGAUAACCAUGAGUUGCGAACAGAGAAGACACGUCUAGCGUGGUCACCAGAGUUGCAUAAAAAAUUUGUUGACGCUGUGACAGAACUCGGAAUUGAUAGGGCUGUACCAAAGAAAAUUCAAGAAAUAAUGAAUGUUGAUGGAUUGACUAGAGGACAUAUUGCUAGUCAUUUGCAGAAAUAUAGACAAUAUUUGAAGAGAGAAAAUCUAGAGAAACAUAUUAGAAUUGCUCAAAACAUUAUGGAAUCCAACAAUUCCUAUGGAUUUUCUUCUGGAUUUAACUAUCAACCUUAUGGUGGUGCUUCUUCUUCUACUCAUCAUAGUGUUCCUCUUGAAAUGCAAAACCAAAAUGCAUUAUUUAAAUCAUCAUCAUCCUCAUCAUUAUGGCCUAACAAUAAUUCUCAUAUAGAACAAGUUCCCAACAAUAUGUUAUGGCAGCAACCUCAAGAAUAUGGAACAUGGCAACAAGUUCCAAUGUCAUCAUUGACAACUGGUGCUUUGAGUUCUUCUCCUGGUUUUUCGCCUUUUUCGGCUGAUGUUAACAAUGGAGGAAUCUCCUCCAGUGCUGCUGUUGUUGAAGAUGAUGGUAACUCAAUAAGGGUGGAGAAUGAGGCGGAGCUGAAUUCUAUCUAUGAUUCACUAGAAAAUCAUCUGCUAUCUUGA